AUGGCUUUGGUAAACCCAUUUUCCAGCCUAACCUUCGGUGAUAAGCAAUGGGUAGAUCAUAUUAGCAAAACCUUGAAAAACCAGCUUGCCAUUAACGUCGAUACACCUCCACUGUCCAUAUUUCAAAUUCCUCAAAUCCUAAAAGACGAAAAGCUAGAAGCGUAUGUCCCUCAACGGAUAGGGCUUGGUCCUAAUCACCAUUUCAAGCCAGAGCUCUAUCAGAACAUGGAGCAAAACAAACUCACUUCCGUGAAAAGGGUACUUAACUCUAAUAAAGUUCAAGUCGCUGUGGACCAAGUCGUAGAUAAAGUCAAAGAGAUCAUCCCCAUAAUUUGUGCUUGCUAUGAUUUGUACCUUGAUGCUGAUGAUGACACCUUGGCAUGGUUAUUCACCAUUGAUAGUCUCUUCUUUAUUGAUCUACUUGGUGCUUAUAUUAAUCAAAAGGUUGCAAUAGACGCAAAAGAUUUUAUCAUGUUAGAGAACCAGAUUCCUCUACUUGUAUUGAAGGAAAUCCAAAAGGUCCUAUCAGGUAGCUAUGAUGAAGCCCAAGAAGAUUUCUGGGAAUCUAAGUUCGGGUUUUUCUGUAAGUGCCACUCACCAUUUAUCCUCUCUAAAGAGAAAAUCGAUUUUAGUAGAGUAAAUCAUUUACUUGAUUAUAUGUACCAAUCCAUCGUGACCAAUGAAGAAUCGAUGUCACCAGAAGUUUACUUUCAAAAAUCUGGAAGUGGUCCAUCUGAAGAAGACGAUAAACUAGAACUACUUGAACUGUUUAUCCAACUUAUGGCACUGAUCCCAGGGACUAAGCCAUUUCUUCAGAUCUUUGAAUCCUUCAUGAAAUCUUUCUCAGAAAGUAUUGAGAAGAUGGUGACAGCUGAAGAGAUCAAGGUGCCUUCAGUUUCAGAGCUUCGCGAUAUUGCAGGAGUUAAGUUCCAUUUGUCACCAACUGACGGAGGAAUCAGAAACAUUAAUUUUGUAGGCGAAAAUGAGCGUUCUUGUUAUCUCCCUCUUAUUACACUUAAUCUUGAUUCCGAGGUGAUAUUGAGAAACUUGGUGGCUUAUGAGCAAUUAAUGGCAAAGAAAAGUUUUACCACUGGCCAUGGUCUUGAAUUCACUGAAUAUGUAGAUUUCAUGUGUGGUAUCAUCGACAGUGAUAAGGAUGUCCGGUUGCUACGUGAAGAAAAGAUCAUCAUAGGUGACUUGGGUGAUGAGGAUAUUGUUAAAUUGUUUAACGGGAUUGCGAGAUCUCAGGGGAUAAUGAAUAGAGCAUCAGAUUUGAGGAAGACUGUGGAUCAAUUAAACAAAGUCUACCAAAGCACACCGAGAGUUUGGGUCCAGAAGAUGGUGGAGAAGCAACUUCGGGCUUCUGCCAAGAUGAUCACAUUCCUUAUAAGCAUUUCGAGUACACUGAUCUUGAUUCGUGAGGUGUAUUUGAAGACUUAUGGUUCCACUCCACCAAAGAUGAUUUUUGAUGAUAUUGUUAGGACCAUAUUGAGUGGUUUUCUUCAUUGA